AUGGGAUUUAUAGCAAAUAUACUGUGCUGCUCUUCAGAAACCUCCAGGAUUCGCCGUCAACACCAACAACCAGAAACCCGCCUUAAUCACAGCCACACUCACCGCCAGAAACAAAGCCGAAAGCAAAAAGUUACUCCAGACGUUGAUAAGAUGCAAUAUUCCACACCGGAGAUCCUGAUACCCAGUUCCGAUUCAGGAAGUAACGUAGAUGCCAAGACUAACCACGAUAACGGAACCAGAAGACUGGGGCUCUUAUCGAGAAACGAGACCCACGAGACCCAUGACUCGUACGACGAGGAAAAAGAAUACGAAGAUUGUAACGAGGGAGACGUGGAGAUGACCGAUGUCAACAAUGCCGGUCAAGACGAGGCAAAAGAGAAGGAAGAUCAUGUUGUUCACGAAUAUAACGUCGACGCGGACAGAAACUCGAGCCUUGUCGACGAAGCUCCACAACAGAACCAGUAUCAGGUUGACCAAGAAACUAUAGACCCGCAGUAUCUGGCCAGCAGCACCGAUAUCAAUUUGAACUUGACGCCAACCCUAGAGGAGGACUUUCCAGAUUUGAUGCAAUUGCAACCAGAGCAGUACCAUGCCCCUGGCUACGACACUCUAUUGCCACCCAAGCUGCAGCCAUUUCAACAGAAGAAGUGCCUGAUCUUGGACCUUGACGAAACUUUGGUACACUCUUCCUUCAAAUAUCUGCACACCGCCGAUUUCGUUUUGCCCGUGGAGAUCGAUGACCAGGUCCAUAACGUCUAUGUUAUCAAGAGACCGGGCGUGGACGAGUUCUUGCACAGAGUGAGUCAACUUUACGAGGUUGUCGUCUUCACUGCCAGUGUCUCGAGGUACGCAAAUCCCCUUUUAGAUACACUGGAUCCCAACAGAACCAUCCACCACCGGCUUUUUAGAGAGGCAUGCUACAACUACGAAGGUAACUACAUCAAGAACCUAUCACAGAUCGGCAGACCGUUGUCGGAAACAAUUAUCCUAGACAACUCACCGGCUUCCUAUAUCUUCCACCCACAACAUGCUGUUCCAAUCUCUUCUUGGUUUUCAGACACUCACGAUAACGAGUUGCUGGACAUCAUCCCCCUUUUAGAAGACCUUUCAGCAGAAAAUGUGUUGGACGUGGGCAGUGUGUUAGAUGUAACGAUAUAA